GAGGCUGCUGUGGCCCCAGCUUCGGCUCCGCUGUCGGCUGCAGCGCGCGCCGCAACGGGCCGCCUGCCUCCAGCUUCCUGUGCGGUAGCCGCCCCUGCGUCGGCGCCGUUCCUGGGCUCCCGGGCUCUGCGCAAAGCCCUGGCCCUGGCGGCCGGGACAUGGGACGGGGGCGCAGGGUAGGGCGGCUUACCUCAGUGCCGUGACUCCACCGGUUUCAGCAUGAAGACCCUUAUAGCCGCCUACUCUGGGGUCCUGCGAGGUGAGCGACGGGCCGAGGCUGCCCGGAGCGAGAGCUCUAAUGGAGGAUCUGCACUAUCACGAGAGGGGUCUGGGAGAUGGGGCACUGGCUCCAGCAUCCUCUUUGCCCUCCAGGACCUCUUCUCCAUCACCUGGCUCAAUAGGUCUAAGGUGGAAAAGCAGCUACAAGUCAUCUCGGUGCUACAAUGGGUUCUGACCUUUCUCACGAUGGGAAUGGCCUGCAGUGUCAUCCUCAUGUACAUGUUCUGCACUGAUUGCUGGCUCAUCUCUGUGCUCUACUUCACGUGGCUGGUGUUUGACUGGAACACGCCCAAGAAAGGUGGCAGGAGGUCAAAGUGGGUCCGAAACUGGGCUAUGUGGCGCUAUUUUCGAGACUAUUUUCCCAUCCAGCUAGUAAAGACACACAACCUGCUGACCACCAGGAACUAUAUCUUUGGAUACCACCCCCAUGGCAUCAUGAGCCUGGGUGCCUUCUGCAACUUCAGCACAGAGGCCACAGAAGUGAGCAAGAAGUUUCCUGGCAUAAGGCCCUACCUGGCCACACUGGCUGGCAACUUCCGGAUACCAGUGCUAAGAGAGUACCUGAUGUCUGGAGGCAUCUGCCCUGUCAACCGGGACACCAUAGAUUACUUGCUUUCAAAGAAUGGGAGUGGCAAUGCCAUCAUCAUUGUAGUCGGGGGUGCAGCUGAGUCCCUGAGCUCCAUGCCUGGCAAGAAUGUGGUCACCCUGCGGAACCGCAAGGGCUUUGUGAAACUGGCUCUGCGCCACGGAGCCGACCUGGUUCCUAUUUACUCCUUUGGGGAGAAUGAGGUAUACAAGCAGGUGAUCUUCCAGGAGGGCUCCUGGGGCCGAUGGGUCCAGAAGAAGUUCCAGAAGUACAUCGGCUUUGCUCCGUGUGUCUUCCAUGGCCGAGGCCUCUUCUCCUCUGACACCUGGGGGCUGUUGCCCUACUCCAAGCCCAUCACCACUGUUGUGGGUGAGCCCAUCACCAUCCCCAAGCUGGAGCACCCGACCCAGCAGGACAUCGACCUGUACCACGCUAUGUACAUGGAGGCCCUGGUAAAGCUCUUCGACAAACACAAGACCAAGUUCGGCCUCCCGGAGACCGAGGUCCUGGAGGUGAACUGAGCCAGCCCUCGGGGCCAGCUCCCAGAAGGAAGCAGCUGCAAUUCAUUUUCUACCAAGUUCUCCCAGUGCUUUUUGUUCUGUAAAUUUGGAAGUGUCAUGGGUGUCUGUGGGUUAUUUAAAAGAAAAUUAUAAUACUUUUGUUAAACCAUUACAAUGUUAGGUCUUUUUUAAGAAGGAAAAAGUUAAUAUUUCAAGCUUUUUCACUUCUAGUUUGUCCUGUUCUAGGUGGUGGCUAACGCAUCUGGGCCUUUAUGGUUUCUCAACAACCCCUCUUCUUCCCUUCUCAAAAUGUCAGAGCAAUCUCAGUCCUGCUUAAUUGGGGAAGAAGGACAGCUAUUUGUGACUGAGGCCAGUUAGAUUAUUUGCUUGUUGUCGCUGAGGAUGAAAGGCAGAAGCCACUUCUGAUGUAAACGCUUCUAUUCCCACUACCCCACAUUUGACUGCAGGACUAGUCCCUCUUGCCCAGGGGAAGGGUCAGAGGGCACAGUUGUCCCAAGUUUGUGAGUGCAGUGGUGAGCAUCUGGAAUGCUCCAGCCCUAUUCUCCUUUCUGCCACUCUUAGCUCACCCAAGUCUCUCAAAUCUGAGCUUGGACUGGCCUCCAGGACAAGGAUGGGGUGGCAGUGAUACCAUUCAGGGAAACAGGACUGACCCAGGUGCACCAUCUCUUGGGUCAUCCGGACACCAUGUUCUAUUGGAGAAACUGGUUUUCCUCAGGAAGCUGAUGGCAUGGACUCAGUGAAGACUCAGCCUUGGCCAGAAUCACAUACUUCCCAGUGGCCUCGGUUUGCCUAACCCACACCUUCAAGUCUGGGUGUGAGGAAGGGGUCCCUCUUCUGUUCACAGAGGUGCCUGGCCUUCUGAGCAGCAGACUGGUUCCAGGACAGGAGACCCCCAAGCCCAAGCCUCACAUAUUUGUGCCUUUCUGAGGGGGUUGGGGCCAAGGAGGAAACUUAGCCCCUCUGUGUGUUCUGUUUUCUCUUGAUGAGAUCAUUGUACCAUGUCAAUAUUUUGUAUAUUCCUAGACAAAUAAAUGAGAAUCCUCUAUGAGUUA